AUGCCAGCUACUACGUCUUCCUCGACUCGCGAACCCGCUCACUCAGUCCUAAUGCCCUCCAACCCUGUCCUUGUCGCGGCUCAGUCGCAAUGGAUAUUCACGGACGCGGAGCUUUAUCGGACGCCAUCUAUCCUCGAUGGGAUGACGAUUGAGGCCGAACACACAAGCCGUAGCAAGGGGGUCAACUUUAUCACCCAAGUCGGAAUCCUUUUGAAGCUUCCACAACUCACCCUCUGCACCGCGAGUGUCUACCUCCAUCGGUUUUUCAUGCGAUAUAGUAUGAAAGACCUUCCGCAGCGCCCAGGGAUGCAUCCCUACUCGGUCGCCGCGACUGCCCUAUUUCUCGCUACCAAAGUCGAGGAGAACUGCCGCAAGAUGAAGGAGCUAAUCGUCGCUUGUUGUCGCAUCGCACAGAAGAAACCAAGCAUGAUCGUGGAUGAGCAGUCGAAAGAAUUUUGGAGAUGGCGCGAUACCAUUUUACACAAUGAAGAUUUGUUGCUCGAAGCCUUGUGCUUCGAUCUUCAGCUUGAGCAGCCCUACCGCCUGCUGUACGACUUUCUUUGCUACUUUAAGGUGCAAGAGAAUAAACGGCUUAGAAAUUCGGCCUGGGCUUUCCUCAAUGAUUCUACAUAUACGGUACUAUGUGUACAGUUCCCGGCACGCACUAUAGCUGCAGCUGCACUCUAUGCAGCAGCAAGGCACUGUGAAGUUGCGUUUGAAGACGACUCCCUAAAUAGGCCUUGGUGGAGACAAUUGGACGUUGAUCUCCACGAGAUGAGAAGGGCAUGUAAUCGCAUGGCCGAUAUUUAUGAAUUCGUGUCUGUUCCCGUGCCUGGACAGCAAUAUGUGCACCUGUCAACCCGUGACGACGAACCGACCGACAUGACGAGAACGUCCCACCACCCGAAGAGCGAGGGCAGUAUAGACGAUAGCGCCAACAACAGUAUGUCUCCUGGUGAGAUCAAUGGGCGCAAACGUGAAAGAGACAGCCAUUCCGGCUCAUUUAGCCAACACCCAAUAAGCAUUCCCCCAAACGGAGCAACAUCGGGGGAGCCAGACCCUCAGCCUUCCCCGAAGCGCCAGCGUCGUGAAGGAAGCGAAGGCGAUACCGAAACAUCCUCAUUCAGCCAACCACAACAACCAUCGUCAUCACAAAUCUCGUUAACUGAAGCAACUGCAAACAUGAACGUAGCCUCAAACUCAUCGUCACAAACCGCCAUCAGCAUUCCAUCCAGUCAGAAGCAACCAGAGAUGAACGGCCAUGGCCAUCCUAGGAAUGUCUCUCCCUCCAAAAGUAGAAUCCCACAAGCGGCACGCAUCCCUCUGAAUCAGCCACGGCAAGAGCAUCCGCUUCCUCCACCACCCCCAGUCACCGUACCUCCCCUUCCCCAUCAACAACCCCAGCCCCCUCGCCGUGGAAGCUAUAGCAACAAUCCACAACCGCCAAAUAGACAGCCGCCGCCAAGAGGUCCGCCUCCAGCGACGGUAUCAUCAAUGUUUCACCUGCCACCGCCACCAGCCGAUCCCUCAAAUGUUGACAAAUUACAGCAACGUAUCGAUGCUAUUAUCCAGCAAGGCAUGCCACCGGAAAAUGACCGGUCCCACGAACCUAGGGGAAAUUAUUACUAUCAUCCAUCAUCAAGUGAAAGGGAUCGGGAUCGGGAUCGGGAUAGGCAUAGAGAAAGAGAUAGGUACAGGGAUAACGAUCGGGAUAAAGACAUGGCAAGAGAAAGGGGACGCGACCAUGACCGCGACCACGGAAUCGACCAUCACGGCCGUUCCAGGAGACACUCUUCAGAGACGUCGGGUCCCGGAGCAAUGUCCACAUCACUUCCCACACUACCGCCUCAACAGUCAGUGGCCCCACCAGUUCCCUCUUCUGAACCGCGCCACGACCUCGAGCAAGAUCAGCAAAUAAAACGCGAUGUUGUAGGAACGAACACCGCAUCACUGCAGGACCACGAUACCAAAACCAAUGAGGCUGACGAUGACGGCGGGAGCGAGGAAGGGGAGCUUUGAAAAAAAAAAAAAAAAAAAAAAAAAACAGCCACUGUUCGUUCCUAUGCCAUCAUCAAUCGCCCUCAAGCCUCGACAGAUGACGGGGGUGGUAGUUGCGCGGAGGACGUGGAUGAUGACUAGGCUAUUAUUGGCACUGCACACACCCCCCUUUAAUCUGAUGACGCCCACCUUUUUCUGUUUUUUUUUUUUUUUUUUUUGGCCAAAUCUCAUUCCCGUUUCUACAU